UGGCGUCAGAGGGAGAGAAAGAGCAGGGGAGGGACAGAAGGACGGAGUGAAAGAGAAUCAAUUCAGAACUUCCAACAGGGAUCUGCUGGGUCUGGUCUGGACCCUGAAGCCUGGGACCCGUCUGGAUGUCGUCACUGAGGUUCAGACACGUAGCAUUGAAGUGUGUGUGGCUGCAGGUGGCACCAUGCUGUGGAGGUCUGUCUCGGGCUGGGGAGCCUGGGUCCUGCUGGCCCAGCUGCUGGCGGUCAGCGGCUGCCCUUCCCCCUGUCGCUGUCCACCAGGGGGCGAAGACGUCUCGUGUGCCAGGCAAGUCCUGAUCUUGGUCCCGGACAACAUCCCCAACACAGUCCAGCAUUUAGACUUGUCCUUCAACAAGAUCCGGACCGUGGCACGACACCAGUUCUCUGGACUGGGGCAGCUGGUGGACCUUGACCUGAGCAGCAACUCCAUCUCUAUGAUUGAGCUGGAGGCUUUCCAGGGACUCCCAAAGCUGCGGCUGCUGCACAUCAACAACAAUCAUCUGAAGAUCCUCCCAGCAGGCGUGUUCUCCGGUCUGUCUGGAUUAACCUUCUUAGACCUGAGCCACAACGAGAUUCUGGUCUUCCUGGACUUCACCUUUAAAGAGAUGGCGAACCUGAAGGCGCUGGAGACCGUGGAGAAUGACUUGGUGUUCAUUUCACGGCGGGCCUUCUCUGGCCUGCAGAACUUGCAGGAGCUGAACCUGGGUCGCAGCAAUCUGACCUCCAUCCCAACUGGGGCGCUGUCAGAGCUCAGCGCUCUCACCCGGCUGAGCCUGACCCACCUGCCCAUCACCGCGCUGCCGAGAAACGCCUUCCAGCGGCUGCAAUGGCUCCAGAGCCUGACCAUCACUCACUGGCCGCUGCUGGAGUCACUGACCACUGGCAGCUUGGCGGGGCUGAACCUGACCUCCCUGGUGGUCAGCCACUGUAAUCUCAGCGCUGUGCCGUACCUGGCCGUCCAGCACCUGCUCUCCCUGCUAUUCUUGGACUUGUCCUACAACCCCAUCGUCAGCAUCCAGGCCAACAUGUUCCAGACCUUGUCACGGCUGCAGGAGCUGCACCUCGCUGGGGGCCGACUGCUGAGGAUCGAACCAGGAGCCUUCAGAGGGCUGGACAACCUUCACACACUCAACGUCACCUCCAAUCAGCUGGUCACUUUGGAGGAGAGUGUCUUCCACGCCCCAGGUAAGCUGCGGGUCCUGCGCCUGGACGCCAACCCGCUGUCUUGCGACUGUCGCCUCCUGUGGCUGCUGCAGCACCGGUCUCCAGUGAGUUUUGGACCCCAGCCAGCUUGUUCGUCCGCCUCUGUGACUCCACCACGAGAGUUGGCCGACUUCAGGGCGCCAGAGCUCUCGCGUGUUUUCACCUGCCGCGCCGCCCGCAUCCUAAAUCGCAGGCCGCAGGAGCUCCAGGCGGAGGAGGGAAGCUCGGUGCUCUUCUCCUGUAUCGUGGACGGAGACCCAGUUCCGUCAGUUACGUGGAGCUCUGGCCACAAAUCUGCGCUCUCCUCCUCUGGCAGGAUCCGAGUUCUCACCAACGGCAGUCUGGAGGUGCGUUCUGCCGAGCGUCAGGAUGGUGGCACCUACCGAUGUCUGGCCAGCAAUGCGGCCGGAAACGACAGCCUGACGGUCGGCCUUCGGGUAAGAGGACGUCCCGGCAACCAUAGCUGGACGGAGGAUGGCCAGACAGAAGCGCUCUCUGAGACAAACACGUCCAUGACCUACCCGUUUGAUGCCAAGACACUGGUGAUCGCCACCACCAUGGGCUUCCUGUCCUUCUUAAGCUCCGUGGCUGUCUGCUUCAUCUUCAUGUUCUUCUGGAGUCAGAGCAAAGGUCAGAUCAAACACACAGCCACCAUUCACUUCGUCCCGCGCUCCUCUGUGGGUGGGGGAGGAGAAGGAGGCGACGGCGGCAGGUUCACCAUGAAACUCAUUUGAAAACUCGAGAGAAAACUUGAAUGUCUUGUUUCAAUGGCUUCAUGCGAAUGGUCUGUUACCGGAAUAAAUAGAUUUGCCUCCCUCUGGUGGCUAU